UCAUCAGGGAGGAGAGAGGAGAGUGAUGUGAUAUCAUACAUUGGAGGAAACACAACGCGAGGAGGGUGUCACUUUGCGGCUGCAGCAGCUAAGCUGGUUUGGUCAGCCGGGCGAUAAACUUGCACAAAACACGGAGGUCGUGAGCGGCACAUAAUCAGCCAUGAUGUCUUUGCACAAGCCCCCGUUAACCAGAAGUGGCUCCACGCCCGCCACAAUGGACGCAGCCAAUCGCAACAGCGUCGGCAGUAGCAACAGCAGCCCAUCCAUGGUCCCUCCCUCCUCCCUCAACCUCCGCACCUCCCACAACCAAUCUCUGGCCCACGAGACCAUAAAAGAGGGUGUGGUCACCAACACGGACAACAACGCCACAGUCGCUAUGACGACGUCGCAAGUUCCAAAGAGCCGACACCGGAACUCCACAGCCAGCAUGCACUCCAAUGCGGCGGCGAUGGAUUCCGUCGACAGCCUUCCCAACUUUGCACCAAACUUUGUCCGUGGAGGAGGAAGAGGAGUGCCUACAAAGUCAGCCUCCUCCACGUCCCUGGUGUCUAUGUCCUCCACACUGUCGCUCUCACUGUCUGCCUCCAACCCAAAGCUGGCCAAGAACGGCACCAACCUGCAGCUGAAGGCCGAGGAGGACCAGCACCAACAUUUCCAUGGAGACAACAAGAACCUCAACCUGAACCUGAACCAGAACCACCUGGGCCACCGGCGCCGCACCAGCAGCAGCAACAUCAUGGUGCGCAGGAGCAGCUCCGAGUGGCUGGAGACCAAGGACAAUCAGAACUGCGGACCAAUGAGGCGCCGGACCAAGAGCUUCCUGGACUACCGGCGGGAGGAGCCUCCAGUCAGCUUCAACGAGAAGCAGGAGGAGCCUCCGGUCAGCUUCAACGAGAAGCAGGAGGAGAGGCCAGUUAGCUUCAACGAGAAAUGUGAAGAGGUGAAGAACGAAGAGGACAAAGAGGAGGAGAAGGAGCAGGAGGAGGAGAGGGAGGAGAUAUGCCAAGUGGAUAACAACGAGCAAGUGGAGGAGGAGGAGGAGCGGGAGAGACAAGUAGAGGAGGAUGAAGAAGAUAAGGAGGAGGAGGAGGAGGAGGAAGAGGAAGAGAAAGAGGAGUUGACCACAGAGAAGCCUCUGCUGCCUAAGCUGGGCCUGCAGGACUGGACGAGGGAGAACCGGGUGGAGGUGCACCUCAACCUGCCCCAGAACCACCUGCUGCUGGCCAAGGAGGAGGACGACGACAGCCCCACCCAGGCCCAGCUCAAGGGCAUGGAGGGCAGCUACAGCUACGACCGCAAGCCAAAGAAGGAGCCGGCCAGGAGUGGCAACAACAACAAGGAGGCGGCCUUCCGGUCCAGCGGCCAUUCCCCCCGGCACCAGCCGUACCCUGGAUCGCCCCUCUUCAGGAUGGGGAUGAUGGGCAUGGGGUACUACCCAGGUCAGCAGGCAGAAAAGGAACUGGAUGAUGAUGAGGAUGGAGACGAGGACUCCAGUUGGACCACGCUGUCACAGGAGAGUCCUUCCAUGGAGACACCACAGGAGGCUGGAGGGGUUUGGAAUGACGGUGACCUGCCCCCCGGCUGGCGGGAGGUGGAGGACUUGACCGAGGUCUAUUUCUGGCACGUCCCCUCGGGGACCACUCAACGAGAACGGCCCGUAUCCAACGGCAACAAUGCUGGUGUCGCCGCUGCCGAGACUCAGCCGGAAUUGGGCCAGGAGGGAGCCGAGGCCGCGGCUGCCGCUGCUGCCAACCUCUCCAUCCCUCCUCCUAACAACUCACAGAAUGAGCGUCCGAGCAGCAUUGUGUCCGACAGCUCAGUGGAGCCGGUGCCAUCCUCGGCCGCCUCCUCUCCCUCCAACUCCUCCCUCUGCUACGACAUGAUGGGGCCCGCAGGAGGAUUCAUCAACAACAACUACCUGACCAUCAGAGAGGAGACAGCCCAUCAGCAGCAGGAGGAGGCUAAUGUUCGACAGCCAGAGAAAGGAAGCACCCAUGUGAAGCUGCGGACAAGACUCCUCCCAGACUCAGUCCCAUCCCCCAGGACUAGCAUCGACCUGGACUCUCAGGUGUUCUCUGUGUUCUCCCUGGGCUGGAUGGAGGUGUCGGAUGCGGACAUGGUGGCCGGCAGGAGCAGCGCGGUGGUCAGCGACUGCAUCAGGCAACUGCAGCACCGCAGCACCUGCAGCUCCACAGGCAGCAGCAGGGGGAGCAGAGACAGCAGAGACAUGCACACACCCGGAGACAGAGACGAGGGGAAGCCAAUGCUGCUCGUGCUGCAAGACGUCACCAUGACCCUGAUCGACCCCGCAGACCACACCCUCCUGCACUCCCAGCCAAUCAGCUGCAUCCGCGUCUGGGGAGUCGGCCGAGACCACAGCAGGGAUUUUGCAUAUGUGGCGAGAGACAAGAACACGCGCGUGCUGAAAUGUCACGUGUUCCGAUGUGACGCCCCUGCCGAAUCCAUCGCCACCAGCCUGCAUCGAAUCUGUUCCAAGAUUAUGGCGGAAAGGAAGAAUGCCAAAGCUGUUGCUGGCAGCUCGUCCAACUCCAGCACCGAUGUUCCUCUCCAAGAGUUCCCCACACCAAAGACAGAGCUGGAGCAGCGGUUCCAUGUGCAUUACCUGGGCACCACCACCGUCAUACGGCCCAUAGGUAUGGAUAUGAUUAACGGUGCCAUUGACACUCUGCUGUCCUCCACUGGUAAGGAGGACUGGACGCCUGUUAUCCUCAACGUGGAGGACGCCACAGUCAGCGUCAUCAAGGAGAAGGAGGAAGAGGAGGACGUGAUCGUGGAGUGCCGCGUGCGCUUCCUGUCCUUCAUGGGCGUGGGCCGGGACGUGCACUCCUUCGCCUUCAUCAUGGACACGGGCAACCAGCACUUCCAGUGCCACGUCUUCUGGUGCGAGCCCAACGCCGCCUGCGUCUCCGAGGCCGUGCAGUCCGCCUGCGUGUUGCGCUAUCAGAAGUGUCUGGUGGCACGCUCGCCGUCCUCGCAGCGCAGCGACUCCUGCUCGUCGCCGCCCCCUACGCCCGGCUCGGUCACGCGCCGCGUCACUACCAGCGUCAAGCGCGGCGUGCAGUCGCUCAUAGACACUCUCAAACAGAAGAAGCAGCCCGGCAGCCCCGAGCUGCCCACCCCCAACCAAUGACGCGAAGUGGGCGGUGCCAAAGGAGCCCAGCAGCAUCAAAGAGAACAAGACCAUCAUCCCUGGCCCCGCCCAGCCACACUCCCGCUUCCACUACCGCUCCACCAACAUCACGCUGCCACAUCACUGCUGACACCUACUGGCAUGGAGUGGAGUGGCGGGUCAUGAUAAAA